AUGGCGUCUUCAGUAUUCUUCAAGUUCAAGUCGCAAAAAGAGCCAACACGAGUGGCCUUUGAUGGAACAGGCAUUUCUGUUUUCGAGCUCAAGCGCGAGAUCAUUCUUCGCGCUGGCCUCGGUGACGGCACAGAUUUUGACCUGGCCAUCUAUGCUGAUGAAAAUGGAAAAGAAGCUAACAAGAUGGCAGUCUAUGACGAUGACACCUCCAUCAUUCCCCGGUCCACCACUGUCAUCGCCCGGCGCAUGCCCCCGAAGAAUCCCGGAAGAGGCGGCGCUGCUCGAUAUGUCUCUGGAAAGAUGCCCAUCCACGCGAAGAAUUCGUCACGCAGGGAGCAAACAGCAAAGCCAGCGGCCAAGACCCAGUCCAACACUCUAGCGCAACUAAGCAGCGCCAUGACAGAAGAGGAGAAGAUGGCUGCCGUCUUCCAGGCCCAAACCGAGCACUUCACCUCGAGAGAAGAGGAAAUGGCUACUCAACAGUAUGUCGCCAAGGGUGGCCCCAAAAAGCCCGCCAAUGUUCCCGACCACGACCCACCCCAAGGCUAUAUCUGCUACCGAUGUGGUGAGAAAGGCCACUGGAUUCAGCUUUGCCCAACCAACGACAAUCCCGAUUUCGACAACCGCCCUCGCGUAAAGCGUACCACUGGCAUUCCCAAGUCUUUCCUCAAGACAGUCGACAAGGCAACUGCGCUUGGUCAGAAUGCUGAUGGAGAUGACUCCAAGACACCAUCCGGCAUCAUGGUCAAUGCUGAUGGAGAGUACGUGAUUGCAGAGCCUGACAAGGUGUCAUGGGAAAGGUUCCAGGCCAAGGCCAAGUCGAACAACGCGGCAUCAAAGGCAGCUAUGGAAGGGGAGAAAGAGGUCCAAGAGAGAGGCUUGGAAUGCUCCAUCGACAAGAAGAUGUUCAUAGAGCCAAUGAAGACUCCGUGUUGUAGUAAGACGUAUUGCAAUGACUGCAUCACCAACGCUCUCAUUGAGAGCGACUUCGUCUGCCCUGCCUGCAAUGCAGAGGGUGUCUUGAUUGAUGAUCUCAAGACAGAUGAGGAAGCAGUCGAGAAGCUCAAGCAAUUGCUUGCCGACAGGGAUAGUAAAGCCAAGGAGGGUUCCAAGAGCCCAAAAAGCCCCAGCGAAGCAUCAACCAAAUCCACCCAGGCCACCGGUGUCGAACCAACAAACAUCAAGAAGUCUGCUUCUCCUUCGCCGGCCCCUGCUAACCCGGCUGCGCCACCACAGCAAACUGCCCAGCAGCAAACCACGACAUCCACCCCCUCGGUCCGAAGCGCCACCUCGACACCUGUCCACAGCGAGCCAAGCCAGCAAACAUCCAAGAAGCGGCCCGCUGAAGAUGCCCUCGAGAACCCCAAGAUCCCCAAGGCGCCCAAGGCCAUGCAGCCAACUCAACAGAAGCCACCAGUAAACCCCAUGAUGGGCGGCAACAACAUGAUGAACGGCAUGAACCCCAUGGCCGGCGGCAUGAUGCCCGGUAUGAACAUGCCCGGCAUAAACCCGAUGAUGUUCCCCGGCAUGAACCCCAUGAGCCUGAACAUGAUGGGCGGCUUUGGGGGCAUGCCCGGCAGCUUUGGUGGACCAGGCGGCAUGCCCAACAUGAGCAUGAAUGGGAUGAACAUGAUGAACCCGAUGAUGAACACGAUGAUGAACCCGAUGAUGAACGGGUUCCAGGGAAUGCCUAACAAUAACAACAACAACAAUAACAACUUCAACCCACGGCACAACAACUGGGGUGGGUCGAGUGGUGGUGGGUUUCAAGGGCAUCAACAGCAACAACAACAACAACAACAGCAGCAGCAGCAGCAUAACCAGCACCCGCCACAGCAGCAGCAGCAGAGGCCACCGCAGCAGAUGAUGGGUAUGGGUAUGGGCAUGAACGGCGGCGGCAUGAUGAAGAACUUUUCCCACCAACCGGCUGAUGACGAGGACGCCUACUUCCGGAAGCCAGUCAACCCGCACCGCCACCAGAACCGCCAGAAAAGGGUCAGGCCGAGUGAUUACCGGGAGCUUUGA